ACUGACGACAUAUUUGUGCGCCGGAAGUAGUUUUGAAUUUAGAAUUUUUUUGCGGCGAGGUAGAUGAGUCAGUUUGUUUUCAUCCAUCAUUAAACUGCGUUUCGGAUAACGACUCGUCAACGUUGACGCACGUUUUUAAAGACUCACAACCGGGACCAGCGGCACGUCAUCCUGUUCGGUACUAAGCUGUGGUCCAAAUCCGGGACCUUUGUUGUCGAGAGCAGUGUUAGCUUAGAGUAAUGUUAGUUCACAGUUGUUGAGUGUUUGUGGUCGUGUUAGGCAGGAGAGGAGAGAUGUCUGAGGUUGGGGUUAACCUACAUGAGGCAGAAUCGGGAAAACAGGUUCCGGAAGCACCGUGUCCCGACCAGGGAAAACCUCCGCGUACGGACAGCUCCAGCACGGACCUCCAGGGUCUGCCGCCUGCUCUGAGCUCACCACCAGCUGAAUCAAGUCUGUUGUCAUUGCCCUGGGAGAUCUUAACCCACAUUGCCUCCCUCCUUCCUGCGCACUUUGUGCUCAAUGUGCUGCCAAAGGUCUGUCGCACGUUGAGCACCGUGGGUGACGACACCACAGCGUGGCAGCUACGGGCCCAGAGACUAAUCGGAUCGAGGGCAAGAUUUCCAGUCGGGCCGAGGGAAGACUUUAACUGGCCCACUUCUUGCCUCGAGAUAGAGCAGCUCAUUACCUGCUGGGCAGGUGAGGUGCAACGUGUGGCCAAACAGUCAGAGGAGACGGCGGAUGAAAGGGACCAAGCGGGGCUGCAGGAGAGGGGGCUGCCUGCUGGGGGAUACGAAAAUGUAGGAGGAGAUGAGGUAGAUGGGGUGGGAGUGGCAGCACAGGAGGUCGCUUACGGCGCAGAUGAAGGCAUGGAGGUAGUGAUGGAGGCUGAGGAUGGUGAGGUGCAGCCAGUGUUGGAUGGAGACCAGAUGGCCAGGUUGAGAGAGGAAUUGGAAGGCAGGCUGGAGGUUGGUGCAGCUGCACAAAUGGAAGAUGGAAGGAUGUUGCUCGACGCAGACGCGGGCCAAGGCGCGCCUCAUCAUGACCAAAAUGAGCGUGCCCACCCAAGGUAUCUGGAUUACAGAGCACAAGUAGAAAUGAUCCAAAACAAAUCCUCCAGAAGUCCCAGCCCACCUCCGGCGCUGGAGUGCAUUACCUUACCCUCGAGCCACAUCGCCCCGGUCAACUCGGUGCUCCUCCUAGGAGGAAAGGGAGCACUCUGUGCCACGGCAUCCAGAGACUACAAUGUGAAACUUUGGGACCUGGAGGCAGGCUCUGACGGUGCGCUGCUGCACACGCUGCAGUCACAGGGUGACUUUACCUCUCACCGCCGGGGCUGGGCCUGGUGCCUGGCAUCUCAAGGUUCCCUUUUGGCCUCCGGGGGCUUUGAUGGCACAGUGAGGCUGUGGGACUUAGAGGCAGGCGGCGCAGAUAGGGGCCUGAUCAGGGCCGGGGCAGCCAUCCUCUGCUCGUCCUGGCAGACGGACGUCCUACUGGCUGGGAUGUUGGACAAGAGGAUCAAUAUGUACGACACAAGAGCUGCUGAACCGCUCAUUAAAAGUGUCCGUCUCCAUGGCGACGGCGUAAUGUGCCUGGCUGCCGACGACCGGUACAUCAUCUCCGGGAGCAUAGACUGCACUGUGGCGGUGUAUGAUCGCAGGGCACUGAAAGCAUUAAAGAGAAUUAAGAUGAGCUCCUAUUUAUCCGUCAUGAGCUACAGUGGCUGUGAGGUCUGGGCCGGAGACAACAAAGGCAUGCUGCGCUCCUUUUCCAUGGAGAGCGGAAACUUAAAGCUCCUCUCGCAGUUCGAUGUGGGACACACAGCACUGGUCACUGGCAUCCACAAGUCUCAAGGAAGCCUCUACACCUGCUCCACAGAUAAAACGACCAAGAUCCACAUCCCUUGUGGACCACCAAGGACUUUGUGUACACUGCGUCAUUCAGCUGCAGUCCAUGGGCUGAGUGUGGAGGCUGGAAUCCUCGCUCUGGCGUACGACGUUAAUGUGGAUAUCUGGAGACCCAGAAAGUGAAAGGCCGCUUUAAGAUUAGAAAACGGGCGUGGGGAAGAUCUACACGCCGUUUUGUCUGGAUUGUGAAAUUUCCGAUGCGUGGUUUAAAAAAAAAAAGAAAGAAGAGGAAACUACAGGUAAAAGUGUUUUAAUUUCCAAAUAAAUGUGUACACUGACCCUUAACAACGCAGCCGGGUUAAGUCUGUCAGGUUAUGUUUGUGCCACCGACCCGUGCGUGCAGAGAGACUGACGGGAACGCAUGUCUUUGUGUGAAUAACAAUAAUUUGUGGUAUGAUUAUCAAACGCGCCACCCCCACAAAUGAUCGUUUGUUCACAUAGAGGUAUACGUCGUAAAUAUAUGUUUGAGUCUCCCAAAGGGCAGUUCAGUCGAAAUGAAAGUUUUCCAUGGUGUAAAUCAAAUCAACCUGCACCCACAGACUGACGACAAACAUGUCUGAGAGGAGACGCCAUAUGAAGGGAAAUUACUCUUUGGUGUGUGGUGUGACAGACUUACAAGUCCCAAGCAAACAAUAGGACAAACUGACAAGAUAAAAGGAGAUUGCUUUUUGGGAGUCGGUGUACACCUGGGUACUACAGUUCUAAAAUGACAGCGUCCCAGCAGUAAUACUGUUGGAUAAACCUACUGUUUGUUUUUUUUGCAGUCUAUUAACUAUAAAACAACUGUUUUGGAAACCAUACGUUCAAUUUUGGUUGAAUCCUGUUAAAUUUCAAAGUUGUUUCUCCUGCACUCUUAAUUUUUUAUGUGAUAGAUUUAAUUCCAAGAGGUUAUUGUCAUGUCGAGGCUAUUUAUUGUGUGUGUGUGUGUUUUUUAUUAGAUGUAUCGUUUAAGAAUUUUAUGCUCAAACCCCAAAGAAAGCACAGAUAUUAAAGUGUUUAUUGUAUUUAAGAGCUAACGAAUUACAUUGCAAUCAACAAUAAAAGCACUUCUGCUCUUA